CCAAUGUAUAGUAAGGUAGUUGCGGGAUUACAAAUUUGGCGUGACUAGGUUAUUUGAUUGGGAAUCAUGAAGGUGCUCGUUAAGUCCUUUGAUACCCGAGUCAUAGACACAAAUGACUGUCCAACUGCUGCAGAUCUAAAGAUUUUACUAGCAAACAAGGACAAUUUGCCGCUGGAUAACUUGCAAUUAUACAACUGUGGAUCAUUAAUUAGUGAUUCUCAACCGUUGGUAUCUCUGUCGAGUGACGCAUCUAUCGAUGUCGUUGUUCCGGCAUUAGGAGGUAAGGUACACGGAUCUCUUGCGCGUGCCGGUAAAGUUCGUGGGCAAACCCCAAAGGUUGAGAAACAAGAAAAACGAAAGUCUCCACGAGGUAGAGCUAAGCGUAGGAUGCAGUACAACAAGCGAUUUGUGGCAGUUGUGCAACAACCUGGUGGCAGAAGAAGAGGCCCGAAUUCUAAUGUAAAGUCAUCUUAAAGUGAUGUCGAAUAAACCUUUUGUUGGAAGUUAUUCUCUACAUUUUGUACCAAAUUUUUUCACCCCCAAACAAGUUGUAAUCUCAAGUACUGCUUGUCAUUAUUUCGGCCGUGUCAAAUGACACCGUUAUUGAAACAGCUG